CCCCAAAUUAAAUACACACAGCAUUGAUCGAUCAAUCAAACAUGGCGGGUCUUCUUCCUCGUAUUACAACCUCGGCGAUGGCCAUGGCCAUUGUCAUCACUGUUCUAUCCAUUUCGAACGAGCUUGCAGUGUCUGCACUGAGACACGCUCAAUGUAUGUUCUUCUUCGGUGAUUCGCAGUUCGACAAUGGCAACAACAACGACUUGGCUACAUUAGCCAAAGUUAACUAUCGCCCCUACGGCAUCGACUUUCCCUCCGGCCCGACCGGACGUUUCGCCAACGGUCGCAAUGUCCCCGAUUAUCUUGCUGAAUUUUUAGGCUUCCCGACUUCGAUACAGCCGUUUGCAAGUGUAAGAGGCUCGGAGAUCCUUAACGGCGUGAACUACGCAUCGGGAGGAGCAGGAAUUCUCGACGAGACAGGGAUCUUGUUGGGCGAUCGGAUUACAAUGAAUGAACAGCUGCAAAACCAUAGGACUGUCGUAGGUCGCAUCGCCGCUUUACGGGGAAGAAAUCCAACGGCGGCAAAGGAGUAUCUAAGCAAGUGUGUGUAUGUUGUUAACAUCGGCAGCAACGACUACCUUAACAACUAUCUGUUGCCUACUUACCCGACUCGUUUCUUCUUCACUCCCGACAGCUUUGCGCAACGAUUGAUCGUAUCGCUGUCCCAACAAUUAAGGGAAUUGUACUCUCUCGGCGCGAGGAAAACUGCCGUCUUCGGGAUCGGAUACUUGGGGUGUCUUCCUCAGACUGUGGCCACCGGGACUCCCGGGAAUGCGACGGGUUGCGUGGACAAUGUCAACGCUAUUGUGCAGCUAUUCAACGACAGGAUGAAGCCGUUGAUCGAUGAUCUAAACCGUAGUCAGCGUAAUGCCAAGUACACGUACAUAAACAUAACCAGCAUUUCGUCGCCGGGGGAUCCUGCGCUGGCCGGGAUUAGAGUGGCGAAUGUGGCUUGCUGCCCUGUAUCGCCGCAGACGGGACUCUGCCUUCGCGACUCAAUCCCUUGUAAUAACAGAGAUGAGUACACAUUUUGGGACAACUUUCAUCCGACCUCGAUUGUGAACCGUGCCGCGGCUGCGAGGGCGUUUAGGGCUGCCUUGUUCACGGAUGCGUACCCGGUCGAUAUUCGGCAACUUGCCCGGCAAUGAACAAGUUUAAGGAUGCAUAAACACACGUACAAACAAGUGUGGUAAUAAAGCUAUCAACACACGUACAAACAAGUGUGGUAAUAAAGCUAUCAACUGUUAUCUAAGUUAUGCUUGUGUUGUGUUAAUAAAUUGAUGUCUCAAUUGAGAUAACAAACUGGUUAUCCAUACAAACUGUAAUGUAAUACCUCAAAAGGGUGUGUUAACUUUAUCCAA